UCGGUGUGGCUGUGCAGAUGCGCGUAUGGAGUGAAUUCGUCGCUGUUUCCUCGGUAAUUUACUUUUAACAGUUAUAUUCAUUCAACAACUAUAUGAAAAGCGGACUCUCCCGGAUAGAAGAAUCGAACCAGCGCUAACACAACGGAGAAAGAAAAAGUUACAUCCGGGGAACAGCAGGGGCGGGGAGAGACCGGCCGCGCACAGCUACUCUCUAGUACAUCUCUCGUCGUGCCUACGUAGCAAACACAUUUUGCGUCAAGAUGUCACUACAAACGCGUUGCAAUCAGCAAAUAUUCGGUGGCAGAGAAGCUAUCUGGCGUAGGCGUGUAGAUAGUGUCAAUAGAGGUCAGCACACAAGCGCUUUUCUAUUGCUCAUCGAUCAGCGUUUGCGGAUACCGGCUCAUGCAUGGAUUUCGUUUUACCUUCAUGGCUAGUCUACUCAUCUAUUGCUCUCUUGAUAAUCGUGAUCAGCCUAGCUAAGGUGUUAGUAGAAGCUGUUGUACUUUGGAUGGUGGCAAUGGGAGGAACGAAGAAGCAAAGAUCUAUGAAAAGAAAUCUUCGAAUUCAUUCUUAUGUGUGCCAAACACAUCUACUAGAUGCAGUGUCUACUACUGAGUUGUUCUUGCUUUGCAAAAACAUGCUGUCAGUAAAAGAAAGCAGUAGCAUGUCCGUGGAGACAUUUCAUAAAUAUCUUCUGAAAUACAGUCACGUGGCUAUUUUUCGUGAUCGUCUGGAUGGCUCUCUUCGUGGCAUGUUUAUGAUUGAUUAUAAGACCAACCUUUCCAUGGAUGGUCGUUCCUACAACUGUAUCAAUCUGGGAAUGACAUGGUUUCGAAACAACUAUCGAGGUGGUCCUCUCAUGUAUGCUGUUCUUGGCUUUCAUUUUUUGUAUGCUCUGUUCAGACAUCCUUUUACUCCUUUGAUUGCUGUUGGAAAAGUGUACAGUGCCAAGUUGUACACGGCUACUGCAAGAGCAAUGAAACAGGUUUAUCCUCGACAUGAUGUUGAAACUCCACAUUGGAUAAAGCGAGUUAUGGAUCAUCAUGGAAAAAUGCUAACAGAAGGUGACAAUGGUGAAUAUGACCCAUUGACUGGUGUGAUCAAACAAGACAGAAGCAUGCUACAGGAUCAUGCAAGUGCCGAUGCUGGUGGGCACAUUAUGGAUAAUCCUCAUGCCAAAUAUUUUUGCAAAGUUAACCCAGACUGGAAAAAGGGUCACUGUUUAUUGAUUUUGGCUCCAGUCACAUGGGGAACUUUAUUCUCAUUGUUUGUAUCAUCUGUGAAAAGAUUCGUACAGCUUAAGGGAUCUUUGUCUUCACGCAGACAGUUACAUAAUCGUAACUCUUCAAAGCCAUUGCUGACUCGGUUUGCUUCAUCACAUGAUCUUCGCAUGAGAAGGCUGAAUGCAGUGGCACGGCAGCACAGUUUACUAGAGAAUAUGGACCAACUGAAUGAAGAAGAAGAAGAAAGUGAAGCAACAGAAAAUACAGAAACAAGACAUGUUUACAAGGGUAAUGAGAAACAUUGGAAUGGCAAGUACGUAGAUCAAAGUCAGGAGCAUAAUGAACUGAUGAAUGAAAAACAGAUACGAAAGCAAAAGUUGUUGAAAAGACAGUCAACUAUCAUAAAUUCUAAUGAUGAAGGACAGCUGAAUGCAGCUGAAGUGUGGAAGUCUCACCCACGUGGAGCAAGAUAUCUUGUGUAUCGGUCUCCCAGCGAAAUGGCAUUUGAUACCAUGGAUGUUAGCUCUCUCAUUUAAUUAACUGACUAUAUAUAUAUAUAUAUUUAUUUGGCUAGAUUGAAAAAGUGUGUUAUCACUAAUAUAAACUGGAAUGUACAUGCUAUCAAAAUUUGAUUAAUUAAUUGUGUGAUGAUGCAUGCAGUGAAGAGAA